AUGUUCAAAAACCAGUAUCAGGGUGGCCCAUUUGUGGAAGUAUUCAGUGCUCAAGGCAAGAACCCAGGAGCAAAAUGGAAGAUUUUUGGCAAUCCAUCAGCUAUAUGGAAAAAAUAUGAUAAAGAAGUAAAAGGCUUUGUUUUUGUGCUUGAAGGAAACAGUCAAAUCAACAAAAUGCAGCUACCAAAGGCAACUAGACAAACUUUGGGACUGAUCCAGCAGUUUCUGACACUUCAGAUUUUUGUGCCAUUGGGACAAGACUUCUCCACUGAGUUACUGAUAACUGAUUUAGAAAAUAUUAAAAGAAGAUUGUAUUUAUCAACGGUCCACAAGGAGCUGUCUGUAACCCCUCUGCAUGCAAAAAUUCCUCUGUUUACGAUAAAGCGCAAAAUAUGGUGCAAUAUGUGUAUUGACUUGGUAGCAUUCACCAGUGAAAUAUUCAGAGGAGCUGUCUUCCAGUCUUUGGAUGGAAUUAUUAUUUCAGCUAACUGUAAACUGAGAAAGAUCUUCACUUUAAAAUCCAAGCCUCGAGAUACAGCUGAGGAAGAUGAUAUGUGUGUUGUUCCAUUUAUGCCAUAUGAGCCCACAGAUGUUAUACCUCGAACCUGCCAGCUGAAUACAGAUGUGCCACAAGUUACACAGUUGCUGAGCCUGACUAAAAUUCACAAGCCUGAAAUAAAACACGGGAGAGAUCCAGUAACAGUGCAAGAAACAGGUAUCUUGGUUAAUAGAGGACAAGGCAAUAUACACAGCAGUAAAACUCAGGAUGUAUCACAUAUUGCAUUUGGAUCAAAGAUCCUUGGGCCACCUCCAUCUUCAAACAGAAGAGUCAGUACAGCAGUAUCUGGAGAGGUAACAAAGACCUGGGGUAGCAAAAGUAAUAGAUCAUGCCGACUUCAAAGUUCAGGAAAGGGAACUGAGUCUGUACAAGACAUUGAGAGUUUGGUGCGCUCGUUCUCACCGUGCAAUGAUCCUUUAGAUCAAGGAGACAAAAGAAGUACUCACCAAACAACUGAAGAUGUGUGUCAAAAUGACCCUGCAAUUCAGACUCAGAAAACUGCUGAGAGUGGAAAAGCAGAUUUUCAGCUCCCAUCACCACAACAACCAUCAGCAGACAAGAACAGCAGUAGAAGAUUAUCUCUAAAAAAUGAAGCCAAAAACACAUGGGAGAUAACCAGUGAUGAAAGGGCAUUUCCAGAAAGUUUUACUGAGAGUAUUCAGUUGGAUAGGAGUGAGGAGUUCGUAACUACUGAAGAUUCAGCCUGCCAUGAUUUAACCUCACCACAGAAUGCCUCUGUUGAACAUCACGGCAAUGAAACAGGUGAUCACCAAGUGAAUAAUAAAGAGAUUUUCACAUUUUCAUCAAGACCUCGAUCUGCUCCUCAUGGGAAGUCUCCAAAUACAUCACCAGAAUGUUGCAUUUUCGCUUUGGAUUUGAAGCAAGACAGUAACGAAGUACAUACGAAAACCAAAAUUGAAGAUAACUUUCAAGGAACUGACAGCAGUGAAGAGGAUGAUGACAAUGUAUUCAUCCAGGAUUCUGAGAACCUUGAGAUCAGCCACAGCAGGCAGGAAACAUCUGAUUCAGCAGUUCUUAAAGAGAUUCCAUUAAAGAGGAUGUCAUGGAAAAAUGAAUACUGGAAGAAAAAGGGACACAGCAAACAUAACCUCGAAGAGACCAUCUCAUCAAAACCACAGAGUUCCACUGUGAGAAAGCCAGAUUCUAUUAGCUCUCAGAGAAGCAUAAAGCCUACCCUUUCUCUUUCUCCAACUGGAAGCAAAUCUGUAUUCUCUAAAAUAAUUCCAAAUGGAUCUGAAAGAUAUGAAGGAGUUUCUAGUCAAUUAAAAAGAUCCAUCAGUAAAAAGUCUCUCAAGAAAAUCUCAAGAGAAAAUUCAUGUCUGACAACAGAGACUUGCGAGUAUGAAUGGAAAAACUACCAGUCAAAUAAACUGAGUUCAUCUGAACUACAGAUGCUGGCUAGCAUGAAGAGACAACAAAAUGAAGAAUUAAGGGAUACUGGGAUCUCACACGGGCUGAGCGCAUCCCAGAUAGACAACUGCAACGUUAACAUAAGUACAAGCAGUGAUGAUACAGCAACCUGGAACUCUUGUUUGCCACCACCCGUCAGUCAGGAGCAUCACUAUCAGAAAGAGAUGAGCCCACUUUCUCAUUCUAACCCACGGGACUGGUUGAACAUGUUCAGUCCCCCAAUCAUUCCUGGAAGCCAACAGCUGGAAGAGCACACUAAAUCUUCAGCAAAUCAGAGUAUUCCAGGUGAAGAUGACCUCAAUGCUGAAGAAGAUGAAGUUUUGACUCUUUUGUAUGAUCCGUGUCUGAACUGUUACUUUGAUCCAAGUUCUGGGAAGUACUAUGAAUUGGCGUAG